CCUUGUCGGUGGUCCAGCUGUUGCUCUCUCUUCUCGUUUUGGGAAUCAUGCGCCCUAAAUCUUGGACUUGGAGAGCAAUUCGUGGGCUAGGGGCUUCUUAAUUAACCCAAAUUCCUUCUCGAAUUGGAUAAAAUCUGAUCGUAUUUCUGACCUCCAAAUCUCCAAUCACAAAGACAUGGUCUCUCCUCACAGAGGCACCAUCAACUCCCUUCAAGUACUCUAACUUGUUGUCUUACUACUUUUUCAUUUUUGUUUCUGUUGUGAAUUCAUUGGAUUUUAAGCUAGAUUUGAUGUUUCUGCUCUGUGUAUUUAUUGCUAAAUUAGCAACCUCCUAAUGCAAUAAAUCCUAUUAUAUAGUCUUUUGGUUCAAUUUCUGAUUUUGAAUUACCUUGGUUUGUUCAUCCAGAGCUUAACACAAUUGGAUUUAUCCUUAAAUAAGAUGUUUUAACAUUUAGGCUAUCAUAGGUAUGAAUAUCUCAGAAUUAAGGUUUUGAAGCAUUUGUUUUGCAUGUUCUAAUCAUGUUAUCAGGUUGAUUUGACAAAGGGAAGGUAUUUGUUAUUCGCUGCAUUUGAUGCAUCAGCUGUUGUUUAUGAUAUUCAACGUGCUACAGGUUAUGAGGGAGCUGGUCUUAUUGCGAAGCACAAGAGUAUUUUUUCUAUUGACAAGCAACAUGGAAAUGGACAUAAAUUUGUCAUUUCAUCGACCAUAUGGUAUCCUAUUGACAUAGGGCUGUUCAUAACUGAUUCAUAUGAUUAUUAUAUAAAAGUUUGGGACACAAAUGCCACACAGGUGGUGAUGGAUUCAUUGGGUGUCUGUUCCUAAGAUUGUAAUAAUGGAUGACAAUUGUCCCCUUCUUUUUUUUUUUUUAGCUCACAUGGGUAACUAGUGAAAAUUUGAUGCAAUGUAUUUGGAAUAUAAAAAGAAAGCUUUUAAUCAUUGAAUCUUUUUAGUUUUUCUAAAUUGAAUGUGAUUUGCUAUUAUCUGUUUAGUGAUUAUCAUCAUCUUAAUGUCUUGAACUUAAAGGAUCUAAAGGAUUUUUGCUUGGCUUAUAAUGGGGUUUAGGUUAAUGGUUGAAGAAAGAAAUGAUUGUUC